CAUUUUCACUUUAGAAAAAGUUACAGAAUCGAUACCCUGGUCUAUUUUACAUCGAGCACUUAAUACGCGUAUCAAAUAGUACAUUUGAGCUGAUCAGCCAAUAAUUGAAUCAAUUUACUAGUUAUUUACUAUUUAAUACGCGUAUCAAGUACUCGAUGUAAACUAGGUCUCUGUCCCACACGUUGAUUCCCGUACUAUGUGAUUUUCUUCUUAUGAACGUUUCCGCGUUUGUUAUCGUACCAUUACGCAUUACGCAGACGCAGAGAAAUAUCUCAAGCUACCGUUACAUUACAUUAAGAUUUGAAUAAUGUUAACAUUUAACUUUCCUUUGUGCUAAAGUAUUUUAAUGUGUAAAAAAAGAUGUAUGCGCUUGUGAAAUUUUACGAUGAUGUGCAUUAUGUGUGCACCCAAAAAUGUAUUUUUCCUACUAAAAGUCGCGACAUAAAAGUAAAAUACAGCGAUGGAUAUAGGUAUUCCGCAACGAUCAUUGCAAGAAACAAUGAUAAAAGACUAUUAGAAACAAUAGUUAAAAAUAUUAAUACAAAUGUACCUAAUGUAACAAUAAACCCAAGAAAGAAGUAUAAGACUAGAGAUAUUAACCCAGAAAAAAACAUUGAAUAUCUACCAUAUGCAAGUAGUAAUAAAUCGAUUAAUUGUGAUGAUCCAAGUGCAACUAGAACGACUGAUAAUUCUAAGAAACAGUGUAAUCUUAACAAAUUUACCGAUGUAUCUGUAUCUUAUGAUAAUGCUAUUAAUGCAACGACAACCUGUGAUAUGAAUGCAACUAACAAUGGGACAACCUGUUACAUGAGUACAACUAACAAUGCGACUGCUAACUGUAAAGAAAGCUAUGAUUAUGAGAAAAACAUUGAGAAGUCUUGUGAUAUUAAUAAAAUAAUAAAUUUGGAUGAAGGAGGUGUUUUAAACUUUGAAACUUGUAUCGACUCCUCAGAGAUUGAUUGCCAGAAAGAUAUUCUUGUGUUUUCUUUUAAUGACGAUAUUAACGAAACAAUUAAUUGUGAUUAUACAAGUGCAUUUAAAGAGACUGAUAACUCUAAGAAGCAAUGUAAUCUUAAGAAACUUGCUGAUGUAACUCCAUCUAGUGAUAAUAUUACUAAUGCAACGACAACCUGUGAUAUGAGUGCAAUUAACAACAGGACUAUUAUUUGUACUAAAAGCCAUAAUUAUGAAAGAAACAUUGAAAAGUCUUCGUCUUGUGUACCUAUCAAUCAAACGAUAAAUUCAGAUGAAAGAAGUGCUCUAAACAUUGAAACUUAUGUCGAGUUCUCAAAGCCUGAUUAUCAAAAAGAAAUGCUUGAUAACAACCAAAAUAUUUUAGUAGAUAAACAAAUAGAAUACGUGGAACUCUCACCUAUUUAUUACGCUGUGAUAAUCUUAGAAGUGACCUCAACUUUCUUUUGUAAGAAAAAUAGUGGAGCAUGCUGAUGGAAAUUAUUAUUUAUAAUAGAGUAAAUAGCUCUUAAUCAAUGAACCAUUGUAUUGUAUUCAUUAUAAUUUUAGAUUAGGUUAAGUAUUAUGUAGAUAUAAUCAUUUUAGGUUAAGUUAGGUAUUAUUUAGAUAUUGUCAUUCUGUGACAAACAGACAGUAUUUCGACUUGAAAUAUAUUGAUGCAAAAAUGGCGGAUUUUUGCUAUGGAUAUAAUAAUUCGAGUUAGCUUAAUUGGAUUGCACAGAAGAGUUUUCAAAUCCAUAUAUUUUACAUUUUAGGAAAAUAUAAAUUUGGCAUUAUUGCAUUGAUUUAUACAGUCGAACCUCAAUAUAGUAUGUCAUCAUAUAUCUAA